AAUCGAUAAAUGAAAGAAUCGAUAGAUACGAGAAUCGAAUGUGGAAAAUCGAGUAUCGAUUGUCGCCACUUGCAUGCAGUUCAUCGAGAAAUCGAACUACCCGUGCCUUUUUGGUUAAGAAUACCAAGAUGGCUCGCGGUCCUAAGAAGCAUUUAAAGCGUCUCAAUGCACCUAAAGCAUGGAUGUUGGACAAAUUGGGAGGUGUUUAUGCACCUCGUCCAUCCACUGGACCWCACAAGCUUAGAGAAUCGCUUCCUUUGGUUAUAUUUUUACGAAAUAGAUUGAAGUAUGCUUUGACCAACUGUGAAGUUACGAAGAUCGUGAUGCAGUUGAACAACGUAUUUAUCAUCGGCAAAGGUCUGAAGGCAUAUAUCAGUUUACCGAGAGAUAAAGGUGUCAAGCUUUCCAUUGCGGAAGAACGUGACAAGAGAUUAGCAGCAAAGGGAGUAAAUUAAUGUAUAUUUUUAAUAAAUUACUGGAUAAACUG